AUGUGGGCAACCUGCUGCAACUGGUUCUGCCUGGAUGGACAGCCUGAAGAGGCCCCACCACCCCAGGGAGCCAGGACGCAAGCCUAUUCCAACCCCGGAUACAGCUCCUUCCCUUCUCCAACAGGCUCUGAACCCAGCUGCAAGGGCUGUGGGGCCCACUUUGCCAACACAGCCAGGAAGCAGACCUGCUUGGACUGUAAGAAAAAUUUCUGCAUGACUUGUUCGAGCCAAGUGGGGAAUGGGCCCCGCCUCUGCCUUCUCUGCCAACGGUUCCGAGCCACAGCCUUUCAGCGGGAGGAGCUCAUGAAGAUGAAGGUGAAGGACCUGAGGGACUACCUCAGCCUCCAUGACAUCUCCACCGAAAUGUGCCGGGAAAAGGAGGAGCUGGUGUUCUUAGUACUUGGCCAGCAGCCUGUCAUCUCCCAGGAGGGCAGGACUCAUGCCCCCAUCUUGUCCCCGGACUUCCCUGAGCAGCAGGCUUUCCUGACCCAGCCUCACACCAGCACAGCACAUCCUACCUCACCCAGUCUCCCUUCUUCACUUGCACAAGCCACCUCUGCUCCCCCAGCCCAGGCUCAGGAAAGCCAGCAGGCCAAUGGCCGUGUGUCUCAGGACCAAGAGGAACCUGUCUACCUGGAGGGCACAGUCAGAGCACCUGCUGAGGAGGAGACCCAGUCCAUUGACUCAGAGGACAGCUUUGUCCCAGGCCGGAGGGCCUCUCUGUCUGACCUGACCAACCUGGAGGACAUUGAAGCGCUGACCGUGCGGCAGCUCAAAGAGAUCCUGGCCCGCAACUUUGUCAACUACAAGGGCUGCUGUGAGAAGUGGGAGCUGAUGGAGAGGGUAACGUGGCUGUAUAAGGACCAGAAAGGACUCCAGCACCUGGUGUGUGCUGCUGAAGAUCAAAAUGGGGGAGCAGCGCCACCUGGCCUAGAGGAGAACUUGUGUAAGAUCUGCAUGGAUUCACCCAUUGACUGUGUUCUGCUGGAGUGUGGCCACAUGGUAACCUGUACCAAGUGUGGCAAGCGCAUGAACGAGUGUCCCAUCUGCCGGCAGUAUGUGAUCCGAGCUGUGCACGUCUUCAGGUCCUGA